UACGCACUGCGCCGGCAACCGGUCGGCCCACACAAGGUUACGAUGAUAAUAGCGGCUCUCAUACUCGUCGCGCUUGCCGCGCUGUAUUAUUACAACACAAGGACAUUCAACUACUGGAAAGACAGAGGCGUGAAACAUGACAAACCUGUGCUCCUAUUUGGGAAUAAUCUGAGUAAUUAUCUCCUGAAAAAAAGUGUCACAGAAAUCGCAACGGAGAUGUAUUUUAAAUAUCCCAAUGAAAAGAUCGUCGGGUUCUUCCGGUCUACACGCCCGGAGCUCGUGAUUCGGGACCCAGACAUUAUGAAGAAGAUCCUGACGGUUGAUUUCAUCCAUUUUUAUCCACGAGGUUUGAAUGCACAUAAGACCAUUAUAGAGCCAAUGAUGCGGAACUUGUUCUUUGCGGAUGGAGAUCUGUGGCGCUUGUUGAGGCAGCGCAUGACGCCGGCGUUCACGAGCGGCAAGCUGAAGGCGAUGUUCCCGUUGAUCGUGGAGCGCGCUGAGCGGCUGCAGGAGCGCACGCUCGCAGCUGCCGCCAACGGCCGCACCAUCGACGCUCGUGACCUCAUGGCUCGCUACACCACCGACUUUAUAGGUGCCUGUGGUUUUGGACUCGAUGCCGAUUCUAUAAACAACGAGACCUCUGCUUUCAGAAAAUUAGGCCAUAAAAUAUUCGACGUAACAAUCAAGGACGCUAUAGUAGGGAUGCUCAAAGAAGUUUUCCCACAAGCAUGUGCUCGUUUGAAAUAUAUGGGUAAAAUGGAACAAGAUCUUAUAGACCUGGUAAAUGAAAUACAAAGGCAAAGAAAUUAUGAACCCUCUGGAAGGAAUGACUUUAUUGACUUGCUUUUGGAAAUUAAAAAGAAGGGAACGAUGGUUGGCGAAUCGAUAGAGAAGUUUAAACCAGAUGGAACCCCAGAGCAAGCUACGAUAGAAUUAGAUGAAAUACUAAUGGCUGCUCAAGUGUUUGUAUUUUUCGCAGCCGGUUUUGAAACGUCAUCUUCAGCUACUAGCUUCACACUCCAUCAGUUAGCCUUUAAUCCUGAUGUUCAAAAGAAAGUGCAAAGCGAAAUAGAUCGUGUAUUAGCAAAACAUGAUAACAAAUUGAGCUAUGACGCAAUAAAAGAAAUGACUUACUUAGAAUGGUGUUUCCGGGAGGCCAUGAGAAUGUUUCCUUCGCUUGGGUUUUUAAUUAGAGAAUGUGCUCGAACAUAUACGAUACAAGAAGUAGAUGUGACAAUAGACGAGGGUACUGGUAUAGUAAUUCCGCUACAAGCUCUGCACAAUGACCCUAUAUUCUGGGAUGAACCUGAAGAGUUUCGGCCGGAAAGGUUUCAUCCAGAUGAACUCAAUUCAAUCCAAAAACAAAUUUACCUGCCUUUUGGCGAGGGACCGAGAGUUUGUAUAGGUGAACGUUUAGGUCUGAUGCAGUCAAUGGCUGGACUGGCCGCCAUCUUAUCAAAGUUCACAGUGGAACCCGCUCCUGAAACGAUAAGGAAACCGAGAGUGGAGCCGAAAUCUUCUAUUGUCCAGGGUAUCCGAGGGGGUCUGCCGCUCCUGUUCAAAGAAAGGAAGACUGUGUAGCUGAUAGCUUGUUUACCUGGUUCUAGCUCUGCUUGCCUAGUGACUAUAGAACUCUAUCUGCACGUGCACGUACCUAAGUGUGACUGAACUAGUGAUUUUACUCGUAGUUUGUAAAGUAUGUAGUUGAUAUGAUUAUAUUAAUAGUAACUGGCACAUGUACCUAGGUACUUCAUUUGUCUUAACAUAUUGCUAAUAUAUCGCCUAUGUAAGCAACAAUAAAAUGUAACCCAGAAUAAACUUAAGAUA